UCCAAGCUCGGGUUCCGCCCUCCGGCUGAGCGGCGGCGGUGGGGCUUCCGGUGCGCGGGGACAAGGGCUGGGUCCGCAGGCUUCGGUCCCCAUUCCAACGCGGGUGGCUUCUUCUCUUCGAACUUGGGGGACGUCAGCCCACCCGCGUGCUGCCCGGGGUCAGCGCUGAGCGGUUCCUGGGGAACCCCCUGGAUCCGGCCAGGCGCCCCAUCCACAUUUCUCAGCGCCCCCCCCCAACCCCCCGCCAUUCUACCCUCCCCUCCUCCACUUCCACUGCCCAGACCCCGCUCACCCGCCCGCACUAUUAAUGUCCCUUCCUCUCCACCAGCCUUCAUUUCCUGUGGCUACUGUUACCUCUUCUGGCUUGCCUGACUGUGGCGUCGUUUUAGAGACCUUCAUUUUUAUAUUUUUCGUAUGGUAAAAUGUAAAUUCCUGCAAUUUUUUUUUCAAUGAAUUGCACCAAAUAAAAUGACUUGAUUUUGUGUGCGUGUUGCACUUCCUAGGACUGAUUUGUCUUCUCUUCAACUUGAAGCACAGGUUCCUUUACAGACUUUUUUAAAGUGCCCGGUGUCCUCCUGGAAUGAGUCUGGUGCUCAGAAACCUGCAGCGGGCUGUCCCCCUGCGGAGAGUGCCGCUCCGCCAGAGGAUGGAGAUCGUCAGGAAUAUUUUAGGAGUCCAGAAAUUCGACCUGGGGAUCAUCUGUGUUGACAACAAGAGUAUUCAGCACAUCAACAGGAUCUACAGAGAGAAAAACACCCCAACUGAUGUGCUUUCUUUUCCCUUUCAUGAGAAUCUAAAAGCAGGUGAAAUCCCCCAGCCGGAUUUUCCAGAUGACUAUAACCUGGGGGACAUUUUCCUAGGAGUGGAGUAUAUCUUCCAGCAGUGCAAAGAAAAUGAAGACUACUAUGACAUCCUGACUAUGUACCAGAAGGAGAAGCAGGUUCUCGAGGAGCUGAGCCGGCGCACUGGGGCCAGGCUCCAGCCCCUGAGCAGGGACCUCUUCUGAUGAGCACAGCCCAUGACGCAGCCACCCAGGAGGAUGAAACAAGCGGCCUGGGGGCAUAUAUGUGGGAGCAGAUGGUGGACUGGACAGGCACCCAGCCAGCCAGCCGGGGCCUCCAUCACCUGAACCUGUCAGGUCAGGAUCCUGACCACAACGCAGGGAGUUCCAAGAGGUCAUGGCAGUAACACAGCGUCUCAGAUCCUUUUUGGCCAGAACAACCAGGGAUGCUGCAAGUCUGAGAAUUUGGUUUCCCCUAUGAGUCUAUGUUAGAAACAUGAAAACCAGUGUGUUAGAAACACAUUUCCCACUGGAUUUGUGUCCUGCCUCAGUCUGCACUUCCCCCAGCUCUCGGGGAUAAGGGCUUGAGCCUGUGACAUUCCUGAGUCACUGUUGGCUGCGCAUGGCCUGCUUGUAAUCACAAAGCUCUUGGCUCCGAAAUCCUUUUUAAGAGUCUGAAAGGGUCCUGAGACCUGCUGGUCUUGUCCCUCCAUGUGCCCUCAUGAGCACCAGGUACCCCCAAGGGGCUUUCCAUGUGACCCCAUGUGAUUCCCCCUGCUCGGGAGGUGUACUGAACUGAGUUUUUCCAGUUUACCACAUCACCCAAAGACAGUGGACUUGUCCAAUGCCUUCCCUCUGUUAAUAAUGUCGAGAAAUAAAACCGAAGCCAUGUUAGAAAAAAUUAAUGUGAAAAUAGGAAAUAUGGCCAGACCUUUAAUUGGUGCAUUUAACAAGAGACUGGGCUGUGGGACGGUUCAGCCCCGACGUCAGCCCAGAGGGGACCUGCGUGCAGCGAAGCGGGCAUCGUGCUUCCUCCAACAUCCUCCUGGAGACCCGAGGGUGCAAAGACAGGGCUCCUGCUGGUGAACCUAGGGAACCCGCUGAUGUACCCCAAAUGGGGCCAUGAAAGCAUGCUGCUACUCAAAAAUGACAUUUCCAUGAAAACUAUUAAAAAGCAGAGAACAUACUAAUCCCACCAAGGGAAAAGAGUAACAGGAAGUACAGAAAGAGUACACGUAACAGCCCAGCGGUGUGGGUCAGUGGUUGAGCAUCAGCCGAUGAACUCAGAGAUCACCAGUUUGAUUCCUGGUCAGGGCACAUGCCUGGGUGCAGGCUGUGCAGGAGGCAGCCAAUCAAUGUUUCUGUCUUUCUA